AUGUACAAUCAAGGUCCAUCAAUUGGAAGAAUAGAGCCCAUCAACAUAGUCAACAGACCUCCGAUAGACCAGAAUGCAUCCGAGAAAUCAGGAAUACGACAAUUUCAUCCACCACCGUACCAGGAGUACCCUGCGUACCCUAAUGUGAGAUAUCUUCCUCCAGGGAGUUAUCCGGCACCAUACGGCUAUCCGGCCCAGCACUACAGAGCUCCAGGAGGCCCUCAGGCUCCCUAUCCAUCAGCGUAUCAUCAGGGACACCUUCCAGGUCAUCCCGGGAUCACCGUUCAGCCCACCGUGUUCACGACCCCCACGCCACCGAUCAAUCCAAAACCAGAUUACAUGUGUUACUCCGUCUUUACCCUGCUGUGCUGCUGUUUACCUCUGGGUGUUGCUGCUGUUGUCUAUUCGGCCGCUACUCGUGACGCUAACAGUUCCGGGCAGAGAGAAGCGGCCGAGAGAAGCUCCAGGACGGCCUUGAUCCUGAACAACACAGCUCUCGGCUUCGGCAUCACAGUUUAUGCGGUGGCCAUCCUAUGUUUUUUUCUUAUUAAUGCCAAUGUCUGGUAA